CUAGUGACUCGAGACGGUCAGCGGGACCCACCGACCCACCCAUGGGGGUGGCGACGUCUUAUCAACCCCGUGUGGGAGCUGUCUUGAUGGCCACAAAGAGGAUAAGCACGGCGUGUCCUCCGAGGCUUGUGAAACGAUUGAAGUGUCCCCAUCCCCCUGCCGUUUGCGCCAUCGCUUUGCACGCCAGCCCUCGCUUCGUCAUACCGCCUACAACAGCUGUCACGAGGUGGCAAGUCAACCCAUGGCAACAGCAUUCGCCGGUGCAAGCAUCUCCGCCAGGAGGGCCGUCUCCGUGAAGGCAGAGCUCCCCAAGCCAAAGGGGACCCAAGGACAGCUCAUUCUUUUACGGUUCAGCGGCCGCCGGGCGUCCUCCCAUGGGUUUGCGCUCGUCACAAGCUUGCCCUCCACGCCGCCGAACAUGUCGGAGAAGGUGGCAGAGAGCAUCAGAAACGCGGAGGAGACAUGCGCGGAGGACGCUGCGAGCGGGGAGUGCGCCGCGGCGUGGGACGAGGUGGAGGAGCUGAGUGCGGCGGCCAGCCACGCCAGGGACAAGCUCAAGGUCGGCGGCCCGCAGUACAAUGGCCGCCGGGCGUCCUAUCGUCGGUUGGCGCCCGUUGCAAGCUCGCCGCCCACGCCGCCCAACAUAUCAGAGAAGGUGGUGGAGAGCAUCAAGAACGCGCAGGAGACGUGCGCAGAGGACGCGGCGAGCGGGGAGUGCGCCGCGGCAUGGGACGAGGUGGAGGAGCUGAGCGCCGCGGCCAGCCACGCCAGGGACAGGCUUAAGGCAGACAACCCCGAGACCGACGAGGGCCGCACCUACGAGUAGAACCUGGGCGGACGAAGAAGCAAUAAUCCAUUAGUUGUGUCAACAUGAGAAGCAAGAAAGAGGUGAUCGUACAGCUGCCAGAAUAACAGUGGCUCGUCAAAAGAC